AUGGGGACCAAAGCUCUUAUUCUAAUCACCGUGACCGUGACCAUGCUUGGGACGGCCCUCAGCGCCAGCCACACCGUGGGCGCGUUGGACGGGUCGUGGGACCUUCAGACCAACUACUCCCAGUGGGUUUCGAGAAUCAGGUUCAUCAAGGGCGAUGAGCUCAAGUUCCAGUACUCCGCCGUCGUGCACAACGUGGUGGAGGUGAGCAAGAUGGGAUAUGACUCCUGCAACGGCUCCAACCCCAUAGAGACUUUCCCGACCGGUAACAAUGUUGUUCCGCUUGCUACCGUCGGGACCCGGUAUUUCAUCUGCGGCGUCUCCAGGCACUACGACGCCGGCAUGAAGGUCGAGGUCAAUGUCAAGUCGAAAGAAGUGCGGACUGUGCAGCGGUGCCAACGGACAGGGAAUCGACGUCGCUGCCAGUCCGAGACAGUAUUAAGCUCAGCUGCGGCGGCUGGCGUUGAUCAGUCUACUAUGGCCCGGCUCGGUCUGAUAGUUGUUGCGGCCGGUCUUACGUUGUUCUUUUAG